CACUGCUGCUUUUCUAUUGGUUGCUGGCAUCUGUAAUUCCUCAGUUGCAGAGUAUUUAAAAGCAAGGGAGUGGCAUCAUAGUUCCCUUCAUCUCUGUGCAGAAUCUUCUUCUGUGAGCUGCAGGAACAAAGAACAGAGCCAUGCCUGGAAUUGUUUGUAGUAGCCUGAGGAUUCAACCUGGCCAGAAGGUAGCAGUGAAAGGUGAUAUUCAAUCAGGAUGUGAAGGUUUUGUAAUAAAUCUUGGCAAAGAUCAAGAUAAUCUUGCACUACACUUCAAUGCACGUUUUAACGCUCAUGGAGACGUAAGAACCAUCGUGUGCAAUUCCAGGAACAAAGGGCAAUGGGGGAAAGAACUCAGGGAGACCAACUUCCCUUUCCAGGAGGGUGAAACUGUUGAGGUGGUCUUCACAAACGACAAAAAAGAAGUGAAUAUUACAUUGCCUGGAGGCCAUCAGUUCAAGUUUCCCAAUGAAACUGGUUUGGAAACCAUUGAAUUUAUUUGCACAGAAGGGGGUCUGAAUUUCAGAAGCCUCUCACUAGUUUAAACAACCUCCUGAUCUGUUCACCUUUUUUUGCUUAAUAAGGCAACAAAAUAAAUGCAACUGAAUUCUGGU